UUCAGCGUCGGAACCUCGUAGCGGCUAAAAAGGGAUCUGUUUACAAAGUUGAGUUUAGCUAAAUUUAUCCAAAAAAAUAUUGUCUGUGAUAAAAUAAAUGACUGAGAUGGACAGAGAAGCUGACCUCUUCUAUAGGCAGCUGCCUAAAGUGGAGCUUCAUGCACAUCUCAACGGCUCUGUCAGCUUUGAAACGAUGGAGAAGCUCAUUGCCCGCAAACCACAUCUCAACAUCAAGCACAGCAUGACGGCCAUACGCAACGGACAGCACCGCACACUGGAUGAAUGUUUCCAGGUUUUCAAAGUAAUCCAUCAGCUUGUGGAUUCAGAAGAGGAUAUCCUAAUGGUUGCUAAAGCAGUUAUUCAGGAAUUUGCUGCAGAUGGGGUGAAAUAUUUGGAACUACGCAGCACCCCACGUGAAGAAACCAAAACAGGUUUGUCGAAGAGAAGAUACAUUGAAUCCGCCAUUGAAGCUAUCCGUCAGUGUAAGCAGGAAGACGUAGACAUAGAAGUCAGGUUUCUCGUCGCUAUAGACCGCAGAAAUGGCCCUGAAGUAGCUAUGGAGACUGUGAAGCUAGCUGAGGACUUCAUGUUGUCCAGUGAUGGUCUGAUUGUAGGACUGGAUCUGAGUGGUGAUCCUACGGUGGGUCAUGGAAAGGACUUGCUUCCUGCUCUCCAGAGAGCUAAGAACUGUGGGCUUAAGUUGGCAUUGCAUUUGUCAGAGAUUCCUUCGCAGAAGGAGGAAUCUGAGUUGCUCCUGGAUUUGCCUCCUGAUAGAAUCGGUCAUGGGACAUUUUUACACCCUGAAGUUGGGGGUUCAGACAGUCUUGUUGAUAAAGUUUGCAAGCAAAACAUUCCUAUAGAGCUGUGCUUGACCUCUAAUGUAAAGGGUCAGACUGUACCUUCAUAUGACAAGCAUCACUUCCAGUACUGGUAUGAACGCGGCCACCCUUGUGUGCUUUGUACGGAUGAUAAGGGAGUAUUCUGCACAGAUCUCUCUCAGGAAUAUCAGCUGGCUGCUUCUACGUUCGGCCUCAGUCAGGAGGCCGUAUGGCAUCUUUCUCAGCAGGCCAUCCAGUGCAGCUUCGCUCCAGAGGCUGUAAAGCAGCAGCUGGAGCAGAAGUGGGCCGAGCUGAGGCCUCGUGUCUUAAACUGAUACUCCUAUCUAGCCAGUAUUUUAAACAGACAUCUCCCUGCGGACUUGCUUUGACAAUACCUCAGUUUGCACUGCACGUAGGAUGCUCUUUUGAUUGUCCUACAGAAGGCAGACAGUGCAGGAGAUGCUUAUUAAAUGACUUCUCUGUAUAGACAGUGUGGGCACUGUGUAGACAUGGUUUUUAUAACAUUCUACAUUAAAUUAUACUUGGGCAGCACGUCUCGAUCUACCUCAUUCUUUUAGGAACUAAUCUGUGAUUGCACAUGUAACAUUUCACCUUUUCUCAAUAAACAACACUGUUCUUAAUA